UCUAUCUGCUCGAGUUUCUCCAGCACAGCAGACAAGGCUCAUAUCUGCUGCUCUUGCUCCAAGUCAUUCUCUGCCAGCACAAGACAGAAAACACAUCAGCAGGAUGUCGUUCACCAAGAAAACCAACUACACUGUGAAGUCCUCUUCCUCUGGAUCUGCUCCACGCAGCUUCAGCAGUAUGUCUUACUCUGGCCCCAGCGUCAGCCGGCAGAGCUACAGUGUGCGCAGCUCCUACGGAGGUGCCAACCGUGGCAUGGGAUCUGGAUUGGGAGGAGGUAGCUUCAUCAGCAGCUCUUCAGCCUAUGGUCUUGGCAUGGGAAUGGGCAUGGCCUAUGGUCUUGGCAUGGGAAUGGGCAUGGGUACCGGUGUCGUAGCACCCAUUCAAGCAGUCACCUUCAACAAGAGCCUCCUGGCACCUCUGAACCUGGAGAUCGACCCCAACAUCCAGGUUGUCCGCACCCAGGAGAAAGAGCAAAUGAAGUCCCUCAACAACCGUUUCGCUUCCUUCAUUGAUAAGGUGGGUUUAAAGCUUCUUUCUUUGAAAACAGCGCUUUCCUUUGUGAAGAUCAUGAACCGCAAGCACUACCGCGCCAAUCUGGAGAACCAGAUCGCAGAGGCAGAGGAACGUGGCGAGUUGGCCGUAAGAGAUGCCAAGGGCCGCAUUAAGGACCUGGAAGAUGCCCUGCAGAGAGCCAAGCAGGACAUGGCCCGCCAGAUUAGAGAAUAUCAGGACCUGAUGAACGUCAAACUCGCCCUGGACAUUGAGAUCGCCACAUACAGGAAGCUCCUGGAGGGAGAGGAGGACAGACUGGCAAGUGGAAUCAAGUCCAUCAAUAUCUCAAAACAGAGCACGAGCUAUGGCUCUUAUCCCCUGGAAAGUGCAAGCAGCGGCUACGGCAGCUACUCUAGUUAUUCCAGCGGCUAUGGUGGCGGAUAUGGUGGCGGCUACAGCUCUGGCGGCUACAGCUCUGGCAGUGGCUACGGUGACACCGUCUCUCAGACCAAGAAGAGCGUUGUGAUCAAGAUGAUCGAGACCAAGGAUGGCAGAGUUGUGUCUGAGUCCUCUGAGGUUGUCCAAGAUUGAGCGAGUCCCCUUCCCCAAUUCUGUCCACUAAACCUCACGCCCCUUAUGCAUUCCUGGCCUUCCCUCUCAACCGUUAUGACUGCGGCCGGUCCAAGGCACUAGACACGAAUGCAGUCAUAAACCAGGUUGUAAGCAAUAAACCAUUAACUCUGACUAAAGAAUUCCAGAGGGACCAAAUGCUCUCACUGCUCUUGUCGUGCCUUAAUCCACAUCACUAAAACUCACGCCCACAGGCCACCGCACAACAAUACUGUCUUCAGAUCGUACCUUGCACAACAUGGCCACGUCUGUAGGCUGAAUAAUCCUCGAUGUGCCACUAACAUGAGCUAGCCAUUUAGCUGAAUUGCUCAACAUGCUAAGAAACUGAUUUCCACAGUAACUAUGAAGGGAUAUGUUUGCGCUAAAUUACUAGCAUGUUAGUGGUAGACCCAUGUGGUUUGCCUAUUUAGUAGAGACCGUCAUUUCAUUGUGCUCUGGAAAAUAAGACAGAUGUUGCCCAUUGUGUAUCCUGUUUUCUGAGGUGCUGUUUUUGCUACCAAAAAUAAAGUGUUUACCUAAAACUUCA